AUGCACCACCAUGUGCGCAAUGAGAACCACAUUGGCUCUCCCAGUAGCGCGAGUCAAACAAUUCACCUCGUCGAAAGGGCGAGCCGUGUUCUCGUAGCUCGCGCCAGCUCAAAAUGCACAGACGACAGUGAGCCUGGCUGCACAAAGCCGACCCAAGUACCUACUUUGGCCAUCGCACUUGCCGUCAUAGUACCUGUCGUCGGUGUCAUGAUUGUCCUCGUCUUCUUACACCGCAGAAAUAAGAAGAAGCUCGCCGAGGAAGACUCAAAAGACAAGUACAAGUCGCACGACUGGGGCAUGGAGGGUGUCGCUAAAGCUGGCAAGAAAGGAGGUCCUGAGAUGAGCGUUUCAGAGAAGGAGAUUCCAGGAAGCCACGACCGAGGUCUAUCAAUUGAGACCGGAAGCCCCUACAUACUGCCCGUUGGCCUGCAUGGCUCUCGAGAAUCAUUCCACUCGCUAUCGCGUUCGCAACACGACCCUCACGACCCCUACGGCCCGGUGGCUUUUCUGAAAGAUGACCAGAGUGUCCGCAGCGCAAGCCGCGGCCCCUACCGAAACGACACUGGAUCCAUGUACACCACUUCAAGCGCUGGAACAAAGAAGGAAGGCCUCCAGGCUGGUCUGCUUCAAAAUGCGCAGAGAAUGUCGACAUCCAACCCCAUUCGCAGCGAAUCUCUAUCCCCUGACGGCUCACGAUCCCCAGACAGCAAGUUCCCCGAGCCCGGUAUUCCACUCAGUCCAUUGAACCCACGAUUUGAAAAGGAGUCUUCUCCCAUCUCGCCUUCCCAAGAACCCACUACCCAGUACGCCGCCUUCAAGCCCACGAACGUGCCUACCAUCUCAAUCCCUGAGCCAGGUGUCAGUGAGAAGCAAGUCAACAAGUCACCCGUCCAAACUACGAACGACAUUCCCUCAUUGCCACGCGUUAAGUCCCAGGCUGUUGUACUAGAGAACACCAACACGCAUAGCAUCAUCAGCACGUCGAGCUAUGGAGAUGGUUUCCAAAUCACACCACCAUCACCCAAAGAAAGCGAGCAGCCCAAGAUCGUUGCACCUAAGCCCCGCUAUUCAACUGGUCCCCAGAACGUUGGUCUUGCUGUAGACGACUUUGGCCGCAGCACUAACCGUUUGUCAAUGAGCCUGCGUCCUAUGCCUUCUGACGACCCUCAAGAGAACCCCGAGGAGCGUGCCAACCGUAUCCGAUCUUUCUACAAGGAGUACUUUGACGACUCCAAGCCUGAGCCCGCUGGUGGUCACCAGUACACCGACUACGUUGAAGAUUACGGCUCAGAGUACCAAGACGGCACUGUAUUCGACCCGCGUACCGGUGCCUUCGUUGUUGCACAGCCCAACGCUCCCUUCGCUGAGCCCAUCACUCGUCGUGCCAUGACUCCUCCUCCCCGUGCUCCUCCUCGCUUCCGAAGCAACACUGCCACCGGUCCUCGUGGCCCGCACAUGUCCAACAGCUCUAUGGCUUCCUCGCAAUACCCACCGCCCCGUGGCAUGUCGUCCAUGAGCGGGCGUCUACCUGCGCCAAUGAAGAAGCCACUGCCUCCACCAUCCGCUUUGUCUUCUCUCCCAACACCCGCUAAGCUUACCGAGAGCUCGAUGGUCUUCGACGCCGCCGACUUUGCGCCACCAGUCUCGUUCCGCGAAAGACAAAACGGAGUACGACCAGACAGCCCGCUGGGCGCGCCCAGACCCUACAGCCCCGCCGUACGACCACACACACCGCUCGUCGGCUCUUACGACGAACUUCCCGCACUGCCCAGUCCUUACCUGAUGCGUAAGUCUGGCACCUUCACUGCGCUUGACUUUGCACCACCUGGCCGCAUUCGCGACCCUGCUGGCUCGGGUGCCUCAGAUGCUGGAUCUAUCCGAUCAAACCACUCUGGUAUUUCGGCAGUCGGCAGAUUCGCUGUUCGCAGCGGAGCCAACCGUGUUAGCAGGAUACCAAGGGACGUCAUGGGCACCAAGGACGACUUCAUGGUGCAAUUAAGACCCAGGAUGAACAUGGUAGAGGGCGCCUAA